CUGAAUCACAGUGAUCAGUGGAGCCCUGCCCACUUCCGUCUGUCUCUCUGCUGAGUCAGGCCAUGAACGGGAGACGGGCCAGAGAGACAGACAGUACACGUGAUUCACACACACACACACACACACACACAGGGACGGGAGGUGGUGAGGCUGCUCUGGCAGACCGAGCGAGUGUGUGAUGAAGUGAGCAUGGCUUUAGCACUAGCAGCAGUGUGUGAGAUUUGAGCAGGCCGGUCACAUGUUUAACAGGUCAGUGAUGAACACACAGCAGUAUGAUGAACUACACUGGACCCACGGCAGAUGGUUCGGGCACUGCCUGCUCUCCGCUGGUUAGCAGCAUGCUGUUGGCUCCAGAGCAGCAGGAUCCUCUGGCUGCCGUGCCCAGUGUUGAUGAGCUCAGUCUGGGCCUGCUGUCUCUGAGCUUCCCCUACUGGAAGCAGCAGCCCUGGAGCCGCCCCGAGUCCCAGCGGCCGACCCAACCCUGCUCCCAAACGCCCGCGUUGGAUCUCCUGGGUGCUUCAGAAGGCGCUGAUUCGGGUCAGCAGCACUCUUUCCGGGCCCACGAGUCUGCGUCUGGAGAUCCACUGGAGCGCUUCUCCAGCCUGAUGGCGGCGCUGGAGCCUCACUCUCUGCUGCACUCAGGAUCCAGCAGUCCCGUCAACUCAGAGAACAGUGUGAUCUCGUCAGGAUCUGACCACCUGGUCUCUCUCAGAGUCUCUCCUCCGUUGCCCCUGUUGCUGCCCAGACUGCAGGCGGAGGGUGUCAACCUAGACACAGAUGCUCGUGUAGAGCAGAAUCGCCUCAACACCUUUACAAGCGCACCCAGUGCUCGGGCCGAGGGGUCAGAGGUCGGGUGCUGGUCCACAGGUCCCGUCUGGCCCGGCUGGGACGCUUUGGGCUUGAACAAACCCACGUUCUGCAUCGAGAGAGAGGCAAAACUACAUAAACAAGCUGCAGCCGUAAAUGAAGCCACUUACACCUGGGAGGGACUUCUUCCUCCACGUCACUACAAAAACCCUGUUUACUCCUGUAAAGUGUUUCUGGGAGGAGUGCCAUGGGACAUCACAGAGGCGAGUCUUUUGAACACAUUCAGUGUUUUUGGUCCAUUGAAAGUCGAGUGGCCUGGGAAAGAUGGUAAACAUCCACGCUGUCCUCCGCAAGGUUAUGUGUAUCUGCUGUUUGACUGGGAGAAGUCAGUGAAGACGCUCCUGCAGACCUGUACUCAGCACCGUCUGCAGUCUGACGAUUAUCUCGAGUUCUACUACAAACUGUCCAGCAGGCGAAUCCAGAGCAAAGAAGUACAGGUCAUCCCCUGGGUGAUCUCAGACAGCAAUUUCAUCCGCUGUCCCUCCCAGCGCCUCUGCCGCAGUAAGACGGUGUUCGUGGGCGCUCUGCACGGGAUGUUAAACGCAGAGGGUCUGGCCCACAUCAUGGACGAGCUCUUCGGAGGGGUCAUGUAUGCAGGCAUCGACACAGACAAGCACAAAUAUCCCAUAGGCUCUGGCAGAGUGACGUUCAGAAGUCAGAGGAGCUACUUGAAAGCCGUGACCGCAGCGUUUGUGCAGAUAAAAACCUGCAAGUUUACCAAGAAGGUACAGAAGAGCAGAACUCAGAUAUAUCACAUGCUGCGGGAUGAUCAGCUCUGUGUAUCUCCCUCUCUCUCUGUAUGUUCCCUCUGCAGGUCCAGAUCGACCCGUAUCUGGAUGACUCCAUGUGCCAAAUAUGUAACAGUCAGCCCGGGCCGUUCUUCUGCAGGGCUCAGGCCUGUUUUAAAUACCACUGUCGGUCAUGCUGGCAUUGGCGGCACUCUCUGGACGUGUUGAGCAGCCAUCAGCCUCUCAUGCGCAACCAGAAGAGCCUGAACCACAAAUAAACCGGCCGGCCGGCGCAGAGUUCACUGUUUUGAGGAAGGAAGUCACUGCGUUGUAUUGCACUCGCUCUCGUUCUUGUUCAUUAAGGCUCUAUGCACUCUGAAGGGUUCAUUGAUGUUUGCACAGUUAACCAGACAGCCAUCGCCAAGGAGUUGUGUUUUAGAUUUCGCAUGCACAGAUUAUUAGUUUUUAUCUCCAGGUUUGACCCUCUGAUGCAGGCCAAUACCAGUCGGUGCCUUCAGCUUCUCUUUUGUUACCAGUGUCUAAAGACCAUUAUUUUGAUUCAUUUCAUUAAUUUUGAAGGUGGAUUUACCUGCUUUUCUACGGCUGGUUUAGGUCAUAGCAUAUGAACCUGAUUUUUUAAGUUUGCCUGCCUCAAGCCUCGAAGGCCUUUUUAUUUAACCUUUUUAACACUCUAUUAAAUGGUUGAUGAGCAUCUUGGCUUGUGAAAUGCUCCAGCUUAGCAUCCACCCCGCCGUCAAUCAUCCAUCAGAUCGGACACACGUUAGCAACUCCGGAUGGUUCUCUGACCUCUGUGCUGUAUAUAGUU